UUGUAUGAGAUCCGCGUUGAUCACCAGCUGUCAAGAAGUUUACAAGGAGGCGGAAUGGCCAAAGUGGAGUUAACGCCGCUCAGACCGUGGGAUGAUUUCUUCCCUGGAUCUGAGCGAUUUGCCAAACCAGACUUUCGAGAUUUACCAAAAUGGAACAACAGGGUGGUCAGCAACCUACUUUAUUACCAGACUAAUUAUAUGGCCAUGGCAGUGAUCGUGUUUCUUAUAGUUGGGUUCUCAAACCCCAUCAGCAUGUUCACAGGAGCAGCAGUGGUCGUAGCAAUGUUCCUUGCCGCCGUGUGGGCUGGAGACAACAAAGCUAUGAUUAAGAACUUUAAGCAGGACAACCCUACCUUGUUUGUCUUUUUAGUGAUGCUUACCAGCUACCUGCUGAUGACCCUCUUCGGCGGAGUAAUGGUCUUCUUGCUGGGAAUAAAACUCCCCCUAAUCUUGAUCUUUGCUCAUGCAUCACUGCGGCUGCGCAACAUGAAGAACAAGCUGGAAAAUAAGAUGGAGAGCGCAGGGUUGAAAAAGUCGCCUAUGGGCAUUCUGCUGGAAGCGCUCGGCCAACACGAAGAGAAUUUAAACAAGAUUCAAGACUUCCUAGAGACCAAGCUCAAGGAAUGACUGCGGGGGGUUCCUUAUUUUCAUUCACGAUCAGAUCCGAGUGUACGGAUGAUUACAUCUCAAGAUAAGAUGUGUGAAUGUAUGCUUGCAGGGAGAUGUCCGUCAUGCGACAUAAAGAGGCGACAAAAACUUUUUUCUAUGAAUUGAAAUACUCUUCUUUGUACUAUCAAAUGAUUAAAGGUUUUUUUUGUGUUUUUAAGAGAGAACCAAAGAUUUUGUAGGAUGUGAUGUUAACCUGAUAAAAACUCCUGAUGAUGAGUAAACGCGUAUGAAAGUAGCUUCUGGGCUCAAGUUCCGUUAUCAUGAAUUGAAGGUAGAUUUAUGGCUUGGUAGAUGAUCCUUCUAUGAUCUUUAUUUAAUCUGUGAUAAAACCAAAGUCCUUUGGUAUUAGUUUCCUGUUUUUUUUUGUUUGUUUUUUUGUGGAUUUCCUGGAUUUAAAUGCAUCUCAUUUAACUUAAACAGGCAUGUACAGCAGCAUGUUUUAGUGUAAGAGGAAGUAAUGCAAGGAAUCAUGUAGAAUGUGAAAGUGUCUUUAACAUAUUCAGGGUUACAAAAUGUAGUGUUCCUCCGUUAUCUGGUCAAUCAUUUAUAAAUCCAAAAAUGUUGUUGUUAAUAAUGAAAUCGCAAAUGUAAACUAUGUCUGAAAGAUUCAGUGUUUACAUUUUGUGAAAAAACCACCAUGGUGGUAUUAAAUGACACAAAAAACUUU